UAUACUACGGUCUGGAAGUACGCGUGUGUACUUCGAGUCGGCAGCAAAUGCGCGGAGCCGAAACUAGCUCAUGGAUGAAGCAGCUCACGAGCUCUUCCCGGCAAGGUCGCCACGGCCACGCGCUCCACCUCUUUUUCACCGGCCUGAGCCUCCAGGCCAGCAUCGGCGGCACGGUGGACCCCUACCCUGCUUCCGUGCCCACCGCUCUCCGCGCCUGCGCGCACCUCGCCGACGCUACCUCCGGCCGCCUCAUCCACGCGCUCGUGCUCACGCGCCCCGCCCUCGCCUCGGACAAAGUCGUCGCGACCGCGCUGCUCGACAUGUACGCCAAGUGCGGCCUGAUCGCAGGCGCCCGCAAGGUGUUCGACGAAAUGCCGGCGUGGGACCUCGUCGUCUGGAAUGCGCUGCUCGCGGGCUACGCGCGUCACGGGCUUCCAGAGCACGCGCUGGCGCUGGCUGUCAAGAUGCGGGGCGUCGGCCUGAGCCCCGAUUUGGUCACCUGGAAUGCUGCCGUGUCGGGCUUUGCCAUGGCCGGCGAUGGCAGAAUGGCCAGCGAUCUGGUCGGCGCCAUGCAAGAGGACGGGUUCGGGCCAGAUGUGGUGACAUGGACAUCGCUCGUCUCUGGCUCGGUGCUGAACUUCCAGUACGACAGAGCGCGCACGCUGUUCCGGGAAAUGGUAGCCGGUGACGCCCGUGUCCUGCCAAGCUCGGCCACGAUUAGUAGCAUCUUGCCAGCAUUCGCCGGAGUCGGUGACACAAAGCAUGGCAAGGAGGUCCACGGCUACGCUGUCGUGACCGGUGUCGAACAGGAGCUCACGGUGAGCAGCGCACUCGUCGACAUGUACGCGAAGUCCGGGCUUGUGCAGGAAGCAUGCCGCUUGUUCGACAAAAUGUCAGCAAGGAGCACGGUGACAUGGAAUUCCAUGAUCUUCGGGCUGGCGAAUUCCGGCCAUUGCCGGGAAGCAGUCAGCCUCUUCGACCGGAUGCUGGGCGAAGAAGCGACGCCGGACCACCUGACGUUCACCGCCGUUCUGACAGCUUGCGGCUACGGUGGCAUGGUCGAGACCGGGAAGGCAUUGUACCAGCGCAUGCGGGAGGAGCACGGCAUCGUGCCGAGGCUGGAGCACUACGCCUGCAUGGUGCAUUUGCUGGGCCGAGCCGGGAGGCUCGUCGAGGCUCACGAUUUCAUCAGGGCGAUGCCCAUGGAGCCCGACUGCUUCGUGUGGGGGGCGCUGCUCGGUGCCUGCCGGAGCCACGGGAACGUCAAGCUCGCGGAGCUGGCGGCGUCCCGCGUGCGCACCGUCGAGCCAGAAAACGCCGCGAGCUACGUGCUGCUCUCGGGAGCGCUGGCAGAUGCCGGCAAGCAGAACGACGUUUUCAAGAUCAAAAGGUUGGUGAAGAGACGGCGGCUGAAGAGGCUUGACGGUUGCAGCUGGCUAGAGACGUCCUAGCUAUGGUGACGAUAAGCAGGCUAACAUCAUGUGCACUGUCGAGCAGUAGCACAAUUGUGUGAUCGUGGCGUGGGAAGAAUAGCAGCAGCAUGUGCACUGUCGAGCUCUGGUUAGUUCAUUUGCCCCGUCACCUCCUUUCCACAAAACCUACAUAAUGACUUCUGCAAGAUUUAUUGGUAA